AUGAUUUCGUUUUUUAAGAAAAAGCGUAAGACCAGCGCCGCCGCCGCCGCUUCGUCAGGGACAAAAGUGUCCGAGAGCAUCGCGACGGAAACAAUGCCGCGCCACCCCUCGCACGGUUCCUCCGGGCAGCUGACACCGCCAGGGACUGGAACUUCGUCUCCCUCCCCCGUCGAAACUCAGACGACGCUGGCGGCAACGACGCCGCCAGCGUCAGUGAAGUCCAAAAGUGCUUUGCCGCCGGCGCAGCAGGGAGCCGCCAUGCAUCCUGCGGGCGUGCUCCCACCGCCGCGGUCGAUGAGUAGGUCCCAGACACCGGAACUCUUGCAUUCAGCUCCUCUGAGUCAACGCGGGAGUGCGUCCUCGCAUUUGCUACAGCCGCACGGAAACCAACCACAACUGCCGUCUGGGAUGAGGCUUAUGAGCGGCUCUCCUGCUCAUCCGGGCGCUAAGAUGAUGAUGAUGAAGGGCCCUCCACUGCCUCCUGGAGCAAAACUUAUAAAAGGGCCCCCACCGCCCGGAAUGAUGAAGAAGAAGAUGAUGCCUGGUGCACCACCUGUAAAAAUGCUAAUGGUGCCACCGCCACCGUCAAGCUCGAUGGCGUCGGCGUCAAAGAGCCCUAUGGUACCGCCUCCACAGGGAGGUUUGCCGCCAAGGAAGUCUGCGGCGCCUGCUCCGCCGUUGGGGGUGGGCCAAUUGGGAACUUCCACCGCGGUGUCCUCACAGCCUCCCAGCUCUCCUCCCGUACCUCGUAGCAGUAGUGCCUCGCUAGAAAAGGGGCGCGCAAUUCCUCCUCCGAUACCUGAAGAAGAAGGCAAAGAAACACCGCCGUCGUCUUCUAAGCCCAAGUUGAACGAUGUAGAUGAGUCGAAGCUGAGACCUGAGGCCCCGCGGAACCUCACGGAUAGCGAUAGUGAACUGCACUUUGUUCUUGAAGAGGGCUCUUCCGUGGAGCGAACGCCAGCAGUAGAGGGGUCCCCGGAACGGAAUCUCCACGGCCUCUCCAAUGGCUCUUCGCUACAGUUUAAUGAGGAGGUCGCCCCGUCGCCAACCCUGUUUUUAGUCCAAAAUGAUGAUGCGACAGCGGCUCGGGGAGGCAGCGUGUCACACCAAGGGUCUCAAGCGUUCUUGGGGUCUGUGCCAAAUUCUUCUCGCAGUAUCUCUCGCGGGGAGGGUAAACGCCUUGAGAGUCAUGAGACACACCAUGAGGAAACGAAUUCGCACAACUCGGUAAACCACCGCGCAAGUGCUGGAUCCACUGAGUUAGUUGGAAAAAUACCCGAGACUCCUAUAAAUCAACGAAACAGGAAGCGAGUUCCUGCGUCGGACACGGCGUCUGAUAUUUCGCCGGGUGUUCUGGAACACACUAAGAGUCAGAAGCGAGACAAGGGCACAAAAGCUUUGAGAAGCUCUUCUCUCUCCGGGCUCUCUGGGGAGGAGAACGCCAUGGCUGUUAGUGAAGAGAAACUUUCCCCCAGUCUUCGCAGCCGCAUUGUGGAGCAGUUUCUUUCUAUUCUCUCGCCGCAGCAAUUUUACGGCAAGGUUACCAAACUACAUGGAAUUCGACUCAUGAAAGGGAAGCCUGAGGGGGCUUCGGGCCUUAAGGAGUAUAAAACCAUUUUUGUUGCGACAAAAGGGGUUUUGCCCAAUCAAUUUUUUUACCCGCAGCUGCGGCUGUUGGAGUCGGACGGAACACCGGCUAGCUAUGACGAAUCCCCCGAGUACUUGGAUACACCCAUCGUUCUCUACGAGGCCGCGCCGGGAAACAUGCUCUUUGCGGAGACAGUGCUUGAGGCGAAGCAUAUCCUUGAGACCAACUCCGCUGCCACGAGUUGUUUUGUUCUGGAGAACUCCGCGAUCGUUUUUAAGGAUCCAUUGAAGUUUGCGCUUCCACUCGCAAUGUUGACGGUGCGUUGGGUUCCGUAUUCCGUGGCGCAGUCUGAGCCCCAGUGUCCCGUGCACCACAAAGAGCUGCAGCUCUUUGAUCGCUUCUCGAAGGGGUUGCUGUGUGCCCUGUGUGUUUCAAAGAACGCGUCCCACGCCGAGGACCUUGUUGUCAUCCCGGAGGUCCUUGACGGGAACUCUCGACUCCGAAUUUUGGGGCGGCUUUCAGAGCAGAUGCAAGAGAGGCAACAAUCUGCCGCACGUUGGGUGAAUCAGCAUCAAAGGCUUGUGUCUAUUGCGAAACACAAAAAAGAUGCCGUCAAUCAGCAAUUUGAUUUGCUACUGACUGCUAUUAAGGCGAAGCGGGAGGAGUUUUUAGAGUACUGUGAUGUUGCAUUUGGCUACUCCAUGAGCAGUGUCGCAAAGGAGAUUCUCGCCGAGGACGAACAUGUUCGCCUGCUAAAGGCCGCAAUUGACCACUUGCGCACUGAAGGUGCCAAGCCGCUUUAUUCAAUGCAGAUUGCCACUGUGGCGAACGCAUUGCAUGCCUCGGAAGAGUUCCCGAAGCCCAUUUCACUGGAGUCGCUUGAGCUCUCGGCGCUCGGAAGCGAACUCAGCCCAAACCUGCAGUCCGUAAUGGCGGAGGUGCAGUCGCUGUCGCCAGUGUUGGCGAGUACCAAGUUGCACUGCCCCCGUUCGCCGUUUUCCACUCUGGCUGGGGAGGAGCGGGAGUUACUGCAGGAAGCGCAUCGGCAGGAGCACCAACAAGAUCGUAGAGGGCGAAGCCAAGUGGCGAGGAGAAGUGCGGAAUUAGAGGACCUAUCACCUAUCAGGGCGCCGAGACCAAGGCCUUCCCAAGAGAGAAGCCAACGUCGAAUGGGGAGCAUUUCCAGACGCUGUGGGAUGUCCAGGGAGUCCCCGCGGCAGCGGCCCAUACCGCUUCUUCUUCGCGACCAAAGUAUGUCGUUUGAUGUGGAUGGGGUCCGUGCGCCGCUCCGGCGAAGGCGUCCGGGGCAGUGGGUGACCAUUCCGGGAUGCCGCGGAACGUGCCUGCUUGAUGUACCUAUUCAUGAGCUCGUGGCAGAUGACGACGAUGUGAGAGGCGCUAGGAGGAAACCAAAAUGCCUCGAGUGGGCACUGCGGGUGGACGAUCCGGGCGAGUGGGUGGGUAUCGGCGUGGGGGUUGGGGCUGGUCUGAAGGCGUGGGCUGCGAGUCGCACUCCCGACUUGAGCCACCUUUGGGUGGUGACACUUGGCAACACGCGGCGCGUGUUUCUACUGCGAGUGACGGUAAACCCAAACGUGGGACACGCAAAACUUUCCAUUCACGAUGGGAAGGGCAAGCGACUCGAUGAUGGGCGUAUACCCCAAUGGAACGCCACACGCAGCUGCUACCCGCAAGUCACAUUUGGUGGCCGCAUUGGUGAGGUGCACCUCGUAGAGGGACCUCGUGUUGUGUAG